GACUGUAAACGCCGUUUUCAUUGGUUACCUUAUCAAACAUGGCUGCUUCCAUGUUGUACGGCUUCCAUGCUCUCCGCAAAACGUCAGUGUUGACAUUGACCAAAUGUCAUUUCGGUUCAGGGAGUGGUAAAAGCACAACUAUUACAGAUGAAGGAAUCAAUAACAGUGCGAAUGAAUCUUCAGUGAGGGAAAUGACCGAGUCAGUCUCCAUGGUGUAUGGAGAAUCAUUGCCCGGAGAAAAAGCAUUGCAUGGUUUUGCACGAGCUAUGGGAAAAAUAAGUGAAGAACGGGUCCGAAUUAAUACCGGAGAGCAUCAGGAAUUAGAUAUGCAAGACGAAACAUUUGCUUCCAUUCUCCGAAAGUCAAAGUUGAUGCAAAUUGGGGAUCCAUCGAGUCGUGUUGUUGCAGCAACAAUAAUGGAGACUGUUGGGGAUGAUUUAUACAUUGACUUCGGAUGUAAAUUCCACUGCGUGUGCGAAAAGGCAAAGUUAACCCCAGAGAGGUAUCAUCGAGGUGUGUCAGUCAAGCUGCAGGUGAGGGACCUUGAGAUGACAUCUGCCUUCUUGGGCUCAGACAAACACAUAACUCUGCAGGAAGCCGAUUCAGUACUGAAGGGGCUGCGGCGAACAGAUGCUGAUACAACUUUGUAUUGAUAUUAAAAACUUUCACUAUGAUAGUGGUGUAUCUGCAUUGACAAGUUUGCUUGCAGUUGUAUGUAGAUGAACGGAAAUAAAUUAAAUGUCUCAAA